GCAGUGUCUUGCCAUGGGACCGCCGCUGACCAGCUCCCCACGGCGCCCUGGCUAUCACUGCCCCCCAUAAGGAGCUGGGGCUGGAAAAGCUGGGAAGCUGGGAAGCAUGGAGGAAGUUUGCAAGCAGCCAGCAUCCUCCCAGCCCUUUCCCAGGGCCUGUCCCCAUCUGUGCCCCCACGGUGGCAAGGGAGGUCCCACCUCCCACCGGAGCUGGGGUGCAGGAUGGGUGCUGGGACCAGCUGUGGUCCAGGGCUCUGCUGUCCUCUCCGCAGGGACGAACGCUGCCGACGUGCUGCCGUGUCUGCAGAGUUGUGACCACCUCAUCCCCUCGGCAUCCCCAUGGGUGUCCUGAGCUGCGUGAAGUACCUGAUGUUCAUCUUCAAUGUGCUGGUGUUUGCUGGGGGCACCUGCCUGUCAGGCGUGGGGGUCUGGGUGGCCGUGGACCCAGCUGGUUUCCAGGACAUCGUGGCCUCCAAGGCCGUGCUGAGCGCGGGUGCUUAUCUCCUGCUGGCUGCGGGCAUCGCCCUCUCGCUGCUGGGCUUCCUGGGCUGCUGUGGGGCCCUUCGCCGGAGCCGGCCGCUGCUGCUGGCGUUCUUCAUCCUCGUGAGCCUUGUCUUCCUCACGCAGCUCGUGGGGGCCGUCCUCUUCCUGGUGCACUGGAAACAGACCACACUGAUCCUGCAGAUCAGGCCAGAGCUCUUCCUGUCUGAGCUGCGGAGGAGCUAUUGCGGGGACGAGGACGCCGAGGUCUUCUCCACGGCCUGGAACACCCUCAUGAUCACGUUCUCGUGCUGUGGCGUUUUAGGGCCUGAGGACUUCGGGAACGGGUCCCGGUUCCAGGAGCUGCACCCGGGGACGCCCUGGCCACAGGCGUGCUGCACCCGGGAUGGGCUCCUGCCCGUGGGUGAGCUGCGGGGCUGGGAGCAGUGCCGGGAGAGGAGCCCUGGCUACAUCCACGAGCAGGGCUGCUUCUCCACCGUCGGCAGGAGCUUGCAGAAAUACACCUCUGUCCCGGGGGCUUGUGGCUUGGCCGUGCUGGGCAUCGAGAUCUUUGCCAUGUUCUUUGCCUUUUGCCUUUAUUACAACUUCGACUGAGCAGGACGCUAGGCGCAGCGCUCCACGACCACUGUGAGUGCAGCAGAGACAGGACAAGUGCUUUGGAAACAGCAGCAGGCCAGGACACUCCACUCUCUUGCACAUCAGAGCACGGCUCUUUAGUUUAGCACUGCGAUUACUUCCCCAGGCAGGAGCCUGGAGUCCUGCAUCUGCUCCAGUGGUCAAUUAAGGAUGGCCUGAUCCGCUUUCCUUGGAGCAGAGACAGGACACAGGUUAAAUUCCUCGCAGACAAACACGCAGACUCACUAGGAAAGAAUUUCCACAGUUUAGCACUACAAACUAGUUCAAAUACAUCUACUGCUUAGCUUCUGCUUUCAGCUUGCUUUGAUGC